AUGUCAGAAGAUGUUCCUCGGUCCUCUGUCGACGGGGUUGUUUCCGCAGCCCGGCGGAAGGAACGCGGGCGGUUGGCGCAGGCAGCCUUUCGCCGACGCCAGAUCGACACAAUCGCCCGCCUGCGAGCCAGCAACCAGGAGAUGCAGGACGCCAUAGCCCGCUUGGCGCGCAUCGCAUCCGGCGUCGACAACCGCGAGCUUGCCGAGGCGGCGCGGGACGCCCAGAAGGCGGCGGGCUUCGACAAGACGGACGACGACAGCGCUGCCAAGACGCGGCGGACGACGCAGGUCGCCCGGCUGGGCCAGGGCGCCGCAGAGCGUCAGGGUCCCGCAUGGCGCAGCGGGACGCCGGACGCCGAGGAAGACGGCAUCCGUGGCGCCCGGCGCGCCAUACCGAGCUACUACCGCACGGGACGCAUGUCGCCGCGCCUCGGCUUCGGUCUCUGGCUCGAACCCGCGCGCCUCCACGUCGUGUACCCACCGGUCGACAUCAUGCCGUACCUGCAGGAGAAGACGUCUCUCUCCAACGUCCUCUUCUGGGCGAGCCUGUCGUACGGCUUCAAGCUCCUGCAAGCGAGGCCCGGCACGCGCUAUCAUCUGCUGGAGCAAGGGCUGCACGAUGGCAGCGACCCGGGGGUGAGGACCAUGGUCUGCGCAUUCGUGGGAGACAUGGUGAAGGGCAGCAUCUGCCUCGGGGGCGGACCGCGCUGGACGGCGGACCGAGCCACGGCCAUGCUCGAUGCCUUUCACAGGCGGCUGGCGCUUGCGUGA